AAAUAUCAAUGAGUCAAAAUGGAAAAAGCACAAUUAAUAAUAGUAAUUUUUAAAUUUUUUGUUUUCCUAUCAAUAUCAGCUGCAUUUUUUAAUAAUAAAGUGUGCGUAGGUAAAAAAUUAUUGACUUGUCCAAAGUUUAUCAGUCGCACGGAAUGGAAAGCACGCAAAAGUUAUGGUUCCGAACCUUUGAUAUAUAUUCCCACGCCGUACGUUGUUGUCCAUCAUGGUGGUAUUGACCAACACUGUUUCAAUGAAAGCUCAUGCUCACAUAUAGUGAAAUCCUAUCAAAAUCUGCACAUGGACAAGAACCAUUGGAAUGAUAUUGGUUAUAAUUUUCUCGUCGGCGAGGAUGGUAAUGUUUACGAAGGACGAGGCUGGGAUUCUGUCGGUGCUCAUGCACCUGGUUACAACACACAAAGUAUUGGUGUAUGCAUGAUAGGCAACUUCAACAAUACACUACCCAAACGACCAGCGCUAAAAGCUUUGAAGUCUUUCAUUAAAUGCGGUGUAGGUUUUGGGAAGAUAGCUAAAGAUUAUUUUUUAAUUGGUCAUAGACAAACUCGACCGACUAUUUGUCCUGGACAGGCACUAUAUGAAUAUGUGAAACAUCAACAACAUUGGAUAAGUAAACCAAAGCCAAUUUUUAAUAAUGAAAGUACAAUUACCACCUAUCAGUAUGAAUCUCCUGAAUGA